CAUCUUCCCUGUGGAAUGGUUACCCCCACGCUUUUUGAUGUGGCUGCUAUUACGGGACUUCGACCAACUGGCGAAACCUUUGAUCCCAAUGACAUGGAUAAUGACACUAUAGGUUUCAACGAUUCGCAAGUUACUUACACGGCAUUCAUCCAGAAACACCAUAUUACCACCGAAGCGACAGUAUCUGACGAAGAGCAUAUUGCUUUUCUAGCAUUAUGGCUCUCACGGUGCGCCUUCUGCUCAAGAUCUAUCCAGGUUGCAAAGAGGUACCUUUGCAUGGCUAAUCAGUUGCAUGCUGGUAGAAAACUCAACCUCAGCCAACUACUUCUAGGGUCUCUUUACGAAAACCUUAGUGAAGCUGCGAAUCUUACCAAGAAUUUCAAAUCUGGCAGUUUACUUUAUGCUGGUCCUUUUUGGUUAUUGCAACUGUGGCUCAAUGCCACAUUCGAAACUUAUCUUCCUUUUCGAGGAGAUGUCAAUGAGGAAGAUAGCACAAUCAAAAAUCGAACUAUAGAAGGGACCAGGUUAGCUUACCUAACUCCAAAAGAGGAAAUGGGAAAGCUUCAUGAACAUUUCUUGGCGUAUUCAAUGAUGUUUGCUCGGCGUGAUCAGUUCGAUCCUUCCAUGGCCCCAUUUGUACACAGAAUAAUAGGUCCUGAAUGGUUUACUCGAAAAUUUCCACCAACAUCUCAAGAUCAGCAAACUGAAUCCAUGGAAAUUUGGGAAGCCUUUCUGACUCCAAGAUUAUUUUCCCACCGUCUUCGACCAUCAAAGGGUCAAUGUAUCCUCAUGUGUUAUCAACCAAAUUUGGUCUCGAGGCAGUUUGGGCUAACUCAAAUAACACCCAAGUGCUUAUAUGAGAAAAGGAACCAUAUGUGUUUCCACACUUUGUAUUUGACUGAAGAAGAAUGUGAACAAAAAAUCGACAAAUACGUUGACGUCACCAAUCUUUCUCCUAUUCCUUUUGAACCUUCUUUUUACUCUACACCAGAUUUCCAUCAAUGGUGGACAGAGUAUUAUAGCUCUCAAAUUUUUGAUGCUGAUAGCCUUGCUCAAGAACUAACCGCAGCUUUCACUGAUGUGCAGGAGAACUUCAAAAAAGGUACUUCAACUCAUAUUAAAGAAAUCCAAGCUUUUCAAAAAUUCUUUGAAACUAUCUAUAGGCCUGAUGAUCUUAGUCGGACCGUUCGUGAGGCUGCAGUCACUUUGCGCGAAAAGUUUUCCACCAAACUAAAUAAAUUGAAAUUGCCCUCGUAUGUUCGACCAGAACUACGUUAUGAAGUGGCUUUCAAACUUCAUCCUCCAAAAUUCCCUCCACUACCAAGUGCUGAUUUUGGUGUGGCUCUAAGUCCUCCUUUCCCAGACUGGUUCGUGUGUGGGAAUGCUCUCAAAAUUCUUCAAGAGAGUGCCAAAAAACGCGCUGAACGAGUGGUUCCGACUAAGCAUACCUUGGAUACUUUCAAAGGACAUCUUCAUAUAGAUCUUAAACACGUUCGUGUCCUGACUCCAAUACCUGAAGGUUUGGAUUAAGGCAAUCUUUUUCGACUGACUUUUCUUUUCUUUUACUGAUAUACUGAUUUCAGUCUCAACUACAGCUGUUGCACGAAGGAGGAAGAUUAAAGAAGCUUCUGCCCCAAAAGAGUCUGAGACAUCUAAAAGCGACAAACCAAACGAAAGUGAUUCGAUCGUCACGGACAAGAAGCCCACGAGCUCGAAACCCCCAACGGGUUCGAAGCGUAAAGCUUCUUCGACCAAUGCCUCAGAUGGUGAAGACAAAUCUCCUCCUCAAACUAGACAAGGACAGAAAAAGAAACACAAAGCUGUUACCCCUUCAAGAAAAGGGAAAAAGGCAAGUCCUUCAAAAGCUGCUUCUCCUGGCAAUAAGGCGUCUUCUGAAGAGUCUCCUUUGAAGACUGCCAGCAAUGCUCUUGUUUUGGAAAGUCAUAACUCAAGCCCAGACAAUAAUCCACCCAAGGUAUCUUGCGUUUGUCUUACAUAUUAUCUUGUAAUUUUAACUAACUAAUUGCACUGGCAUUUUACCUUGUUAUUGCAGGAUGAUGCUGGCACUGCUACUUCUGGUUUCAAAGACCCUGGCCUCACCAUUGAUGUUGAUAAACUUUAUGGUAAUUGUUAAAUUUCAACUUUCGUCAAUUAAAACUUUCGAAGGCUUAACCUCAUGAUUAUCUUGGCUUCGUUCGAAACAGAUACUUCUCAAGCUAGAACCCAUGUUCUCUCACCAGUCUUCGAAGACGUUAGGCCAAUUGCCACUAUAUUGCCUAAUGAGCCAAUCGAAGAAAGCCAAUCUACUGACGAAUCCCCACCUACUCAUCAAGGCAAAGAUUUGGAAGAGGAUCAUCCAUUCUCCGGCAGCGACAAUGUGAACCAGCAAUCUCAUGGCAACGAAGAUUCUGCAUCGGAAAAAGAUGCCAUGGAGGAGAUUUCUCAACCAGAAAAACCAAUUUCUCAGGGAACUUCGACUCCCGAUGUAAAAACUAUUCCUGAGACAACUUCGACGCCUGCU